GCUGCUGCUCACAUGAGGUGCGUUAUCGCAGUUCAAGGUCAACUCUGCCAUCAUCGAGGGGUUUCGUCGUUAGGAUCCGGCUCUGGCUCCUGUUGCGCUGACUUGGACCUCCGUCGUCUCAUCCAAGUCUCCGCCGCGUUGGCCAGCUGAGACGCCGGACGAUGCAGUGAGCAGGGCUCUCCUUAUCAUUGCGCAGUAUCCCCCUCCGGCCUUGGAGCUCCUCAACCAUGCUGGCCUCUCUGCUGCGUCCCAAGAAGCGAAGAGCCUAUACAGAGCGCUCUCCAUUCGCAGCCCCGAGUACGGCACGGGAGUCCUCACCCCUCCUGCGACGCCGCAAUGCCGCAGAUAGCGCAGACGAUGCGAGUGAUGAGGACGAGGGAACGGGGUAUGAGCACGAUCCUGGCGACGACCUAGAAGAAGAAGAAGAAGGGGAAGAUGAUGCGCACGAGGAGGAUGAGGAUGGUCCGGGAGACUCACCACCUCUGUUACCCAUCUUUUCAGCGCCCUACCUAGAUGCGCUUCCCGUUUACAAUAUCACCCAUACGAUUCGCAUCUUGGUGUGCUCCCGUUGCGAAACCACGUUGACAUGGGACCAGCUGCGCUCGCCCCAGGUUUCGCAGUUUCUCGUGAAGCCCAUCCAGCAGCAGAUCAUGGCUUCCCACUUCUCCCGGGCGACGCUAUAUGCCUUGAUGGCCAAUUGUCUCCAGUUCAAUAAGGAAGUCCAUUUGAACCCCGGAAACAGCGGGACAAACCGGACGAGGGCGAUGGUGUGUGAGCUUCUGGCGAUCAAGUUGCUCAAAGAAUAUACAACCAGAGAGCUGAUCGAUGCCCUCUCCUAUGACUUCUAUCCCCUCCAAGGGCACACACCACCGACCACGGGCAGUACACUGCGUGGACCUGGUUGGAGCUCUAGUCAGCGGACCAAGCGCUUGCCCGGCACAGCCCGGAUUUCCUGCCUCGAAAUCGCUAUUCGUACCCAGGCCAAGCGUUUCCUGGCCCAUCCGCUAGUCGUACAACAACUCGAAGCGAUAUGGGCGGGUACAAUUGUGUUCCACUCGGCAGCUGACAAUCUGCACCGGCAAUCAUCCGAUACCCCUCAGCAGCAUGCUAUCGGGUAUGGCUCCUUCGCUGCCAAAACGCAACCGGCAGGGGACGGUCGGGAUGCUAUGGCCCUGCGGCGCUCAGUGACCCUCUAUGACCCCCGGGAUGCGUCCCUCUUCAAGUUGUCCAGACUGAGAGUGCCCCGGUACCGACAGUUCCUCUCUACAUGCUCUUUCGCCGUCCUGCUCGGUCUCUUCCUAGCCAUCAUCAUCCAGCGGCCCUUGGAGAUCACCACUCUUGAAGUCCUUUUCUGGUUCUGGAGUGCCGGCUUUAUGCUGGACGAGCUCGUCGGUUUCAACGAGCAGGGUUUCAGCUUGUAUAUCAUGAGCUUCUGGAAUACCUUUGACCUAGGCAUCCUGCUACUCCUGAUUUGCUAUUACUGUAUGCGGAUCUACGGGGUCUUGAUGCCGUACACGCGCAAGCAGAUGGUGGCAGACCAGGCCUACGACAUCCUAGCUGCAAAUGCAGUUCUACUGUUCCCACGUCUGUUCUCCGUUCUCGACCAUUACCCUUAUUUUUCCCAGCUUCUGAUCGCGUUUCGGAUGAUGGCAUCAGACCUGGUUGCUGUCUUCAUUUUGGUCAUCGUCGCCUGUAGCGGCUUCUUCGUCGCUUUCACCUUUUCGUUCGGUGACCGAAACGAUCCGAGCUCGGUGGCUUAUGCCUUGUUUCAGAUGCUAAUGGGCUUCACCCCAGCUGCGUGGACACUCUGGGAGGAAUAUAACGUUCUGGGGAAGACUAUAUUGACCCUUUUCCUCUUCAUCUGUCAUUUCGUCGUCGUGACCAUCCUCAUUACCGUUCUGACGAACUCCUUUAUGGCCAUCGUGCAAAAUGCCAACGAAGAGCACCAGUUUGUGUUCGCAGUCAACACCAUCUCAAUGGUGAAGUCAGACGCUCUCUUCUCGUACGUGGCACCGACGAACAUACUCGCGUGGUUGAUUACACCACUCCGGUUUUGCAUGCCGUUUAGGCAAUUCGUUAAGAUCAACCGUACGAUCAUCAAAAUCACGCAUUUCCCUAUCUUAUUCACCAUAUGCUUCUACGAAAGAACCAUUCUUAGCUCGAGAGUCUUCGAGCCCACCGAUCUGGUGGAAGCACAGCGUCGGACCGAACCCUCAGUGCGCCGUCGACGCCCACUUCAUUUCGAGUCGUUUAGUCCCAAUGCGCGACGUCGCGUGCGAGAACCCUCUAUUGCAACGUACCAAAAGGAUCGUGCUCUGGAUGAAGUUUUCCGCCGGCCGUUUGGAGGGGAUACUACUCGCUAUAUGGCCCGCGAUAACGAUCGACGGAAAACCAGCAAUAUUGUGAAAGACUGGAUGCGAGGAAUGGAGCCAGAGCCUGCACAUCCACCAGAUGAGCAGGACCCGGAAGAAGUCACUCGCCUAGAAGCGUUACCACAACGCCCGAGACUUUCUUUGCAGCGCAGAAACCGGUUAGGGACGAUUCGAGAUUUUACUGAGACUACACGGUCGGUUGCGUCCGACCCAGAAGAGUUUAUCAACAACAGUUUUGCGCACGUGAAAGCUCAUCGUCGGGGACGGGACCUUCUGUCUCCAACGCGCACCAGGCAGCUCUCCCGGCAUACUGACGUCGAGGGAGACGAUGAGUUGACAAGCGAGGAUAAUGAAGAUGGGCACUCGCUUGGAGAUAGAGAGUCCCUGACUGGGCCACACAUGGAUGAAGACGAGGAGCUGUCUCCGAAGAACACGAGUAGAUUGACUCCUAGGUUCUCCAACUCCCGGCCUUCGACUGCAAAAGUGUCACGCAAGAGCAGUCCCACACGAUACCAAAGGCCCACGCAUCGUCAUGAACGCAAUAUGUCCAGCGCUACCAUCCUCUAUGCUCCGGUCCAAACAGAGACCGAGGAUGAAAUUCCUCAAGGUGCCUUCUCGCUCUCUAAGAGCAUUGCCAAGUCACCCCAUCACCGUAGCGAGGCAAUUACUCCAGUUUCCACUGGACGACGGACACCCAAACGAUCCGACGCGAAUACGUCAAGACCUCGGCCCACGAUGCCACCACGAUCGAGCUUUUCGUCUGAGCCUGGCAUGGCAGGAUUGGCGAACAAGGACGCACGCUCGGUGCCCCGUCGCCCACCGCUAAUCCCCGACCUGGGGUCGGACCUGGGGGACAACAAGGCCAUUGGUGGCGGAUUCGUCCCAUCCAGCUUUGGAACGCAGAUGGCCUAUGCGACAGGCGGCCUACGGCGGAUGCCUGGCUCCCAGGAGACCCAAGACAUGCUUAGCAAACUGGUCUUGGCUCGGAUGCAGAACCUCGAGGAAAGCUUCCGGGAGGUGAUUAAGGAAGUUAAGGACCUCCGACAGGGAAGCUCUAGUCGGAGUCCGAGUCAAGGGGAUGAGCUCCGCUCUGCGAACCGCGAGAGACCGAAGUCCAGAGACAGGAAAAGUGCCAAGCAAAAGAGGCCAGCGUCUAAGCCGAGCAAAGCCUCGAGUGAUGAGGGCUGUUUAGGCGAAGUUGGUGACCAGGAAAAUCGCCUGGGCCCAUCCAGCAGCCAAGAUUAUCAGCAAUGAUCAUUGAGAUAAGAUGAAGUCCUCGGACCUUUUUUUUCCCCUCUUUUUUUUUGUCCAUUGUAUUUUUACUGUUACUGCAUGGUGGCUUUUUGUGCUCGUUUGUAUAGACGCAUGUUUUGUUCUGGCUUCGUCUCUUCCCCGACCUUUUGGUUGGAGACCCCCUGCGGA